AUGGAGAACCUUCGCUAUUCAAAGACCUUCAUUGACGUGGAGGAGGUCAAUGAGUCAUCGGCAGUGCGGCGGGCGUACAGUGCUCCACCAGUGAUGGCUCCAUGUUUGCAGACUCCAAAGCAGUUUGUCCUUCACCAAUAUGAGCAGCGCAGGACCAAUCUACAGGUGUCGAAUUUGCAGCUUGGAUCCCAACUCCUGGCCGCAGAGGAUUCGGUGAUUUCCUGGCAGGUGGAUUUAUCGCGUGGAAGCUACGGCCAUCCAAAUAUUUGUUCGCGGCCUUGUAUCCUCUUCCUAUUCAAUAAAUGUCACAAGCACGACAGCUGUGGCUUCUGCCACAUGCCUCACGAAUCGAAGCCUCCGUGCCUCGAUAAGCAACAACGCGACUACUUGAAGGUGCUCCCAAAGGUCACGUUCCUGAAGAUGCUCGUGCCAUUUGUUGCUAAACGUGUGGAGGGCAGUGAGCUAGACGCGGCUGUCGUGCUCCAGCUAUUGAAGUCAGAAAUCUCGGUGCGUUCUUUGAGUUCUUCAGCUCCCACCGUCUAUACUCCCCGCCGGAUUGGCCUUGUCUUGGCACGGAUGAGUUUGGCUGGCUUGGUAAGUACAGCAUGCACCAUUCUGCCCCAAGACCGCUUUCCGAAGCUCAUGAAAAAGGAGCUGGAAAGGUUGCGAAAGGUUAUCCGAGCUUUUAACCUGGACACUCUUGGUUGA